GUUAUAAUGUCUUUUGAUUUCAAGAAUUUUACGAUAAAAUUGCCAAUGAGGAAAGAAUGAAUUGCUUUCAAGCAUUGAAAUCAAUUUGAUUUCUGAUAAAAAAAUAAUGUUGUAUACAAAGUGUUUUUAUAUUGCAUGUCUUAUUUUAAAUAUUCUGAUCGCAAAAGCGGGACGCGUUGCUCAAAACGAAAGUCAUAGAAAAAAUUUAGGCUCAGAGUUAAUAAAGAACAUAACAGAAGUGAAUAAAACAUUGAAAGAUCUCAUAAAAAAUUAUAAAUAUCUGGAGAAUAUAUACAAAACUGAUGAAAAGGUGCAAACAGAUUCUAGUGGAUCAGAAAUAGAUCAGAAAUUUAAACAAAUGAAAAGAAAAAGGAAAGAAAAGAAAAAAACACACAAGAAAACUUUAAGCCCAGUCAGUCUUAGUACAUUGUAUCAAGGAACUGCAUAUAUUUUCGAUUCUAGAACUAGCGAUGAAUUGCGAAGUAAGGAAGUAAAGGAAGAAAAAGAAGGUUUAGUAUCUGACCAAAAUAAAGACAGCAAAAUAGAAGAAUUUUCAUUAGAAGAUAAAAAAAUAAAUUCUAAAAGCUCCAAGGAAGAGGAAGAAAUAUCUGGAGACAUAGAAGAAAUCCAAAUAGAUAUUCCAAAAACAACACAGAAAAAUAAACCCAACAAAAUUAAACCGCAAAAAGUCAACAAUGUUUUUGGUAAGAAAACCAGGUUUAAUGUGUUACAUGGAGUUCACGGAGAAAUGGCUAAAAAAAGAAAUAAAUCCAAGACACGUUUAAGAGUUGGAAAUCAAAGAAUAGUUUAUGCAGAACAAUUUUCACCGCAAACAUUUUGGAAUGACAUUGUAAAUAAACCUAUAAAACUAAAUAGAGUGAUGUCGUCGGAAUUAAUGGCGAGUUUCAAAGACGAGGAUAAAGUCAAUGUUGUAACUUUGACUGGUAAUAUGAAGAAAGAAGAUCAACAGAAGUCAAACAAUAACCUUUCAAAUAAUGCAACAAAAGAUGGUUCGAUUUUAAGGAACUACGGUGAUGCGUGUCUUGUAAUGCCUAUCAAGAAAUGUGAAAAGGCUUUGAAAAACGUUAAUAAAAAUGUCUGCAAAAUGAGAUUUAAAUGCAAGUCUGAAUUCAAAUCAGAUUUCAUUGAGAAUUCCAAAAAGGGAUGUCAAAAACAGUAUACGUAUAAUAUUGAGGAAAGUUCUGAAGAAGAAAAAACAACUACAAUCAAAUCUACGACCGGAAAUGACGGUGAUUUGGACGUAGAUGAAGAAGAUACCUACAGGCGACGAAAUGAAGGCGGGAAAUUGAAUGACGGUGCAAAAUACAAACAUUUGAAUACUGCCAAUAAAAAGCAACCCAUAAGUACUCUUAACGGAAAUACGAAUUCUUCCGUACAACAUUCUAGCCUUCGUGAUAAAUAUGAAAAGCAAUGUCAAAAGGAAUUAAGAGCUAAAUGCAUCGGAGCUGGAGAAUACGCUGUGAAAAAAACUUGCUCAAAACACGAGUGUGACAAAAAGAAGGAGAAAGCUUUAAAAAAGGCUUGUAAACAGGAAUGUAAAAGUUCUUUUGUCAUAGACAAAAAAACAAGCGAUUCGAGUGACGAUGGUAGCGACAAUGACAAUGACAGUGACAGUGACAGUGACAGUGAUUAAAAGAAAUGUCAUAUAUCUACUUUCAUUUCAAUUAGGUAAUAUAGCAGAAAUAAAUUGACAAGAGAACGAUUCAAAUAUAACUUUCCGGUUAUUACAUUCUGAUGGUGACUCAGACGUUUUACAAAUUAAAUAUUAUUUAUGUUCGAAAUUUUAUUUCCUGAUAUAUAUUCUUUAAG